AUGGCUCCCGCUCUCGACUCCGCGCCGAUUGCCGCAAGCAACACGGCCGUCAAUGCCUGCUCCGCGCCCAAAGCUAUCAAGUCCGAGAUCGACACUGAGCCCGACAUUACACCCAUCCGCACAAGCAUUGCAUCUCCCGAAGACUCCAAGAUCAAGGCCCCCGCCUUCGACUCCGACAAACCCGACUCCGAUAAACCGAAGUUGACUGCUCAGUCUGCCUACGAACAGGAGGCAUUCACCUGGGUCUCAUUUGAUAUAGGCUGCAAGAAUGGGCUUUCAUUUGUAAAGGUCAAAGACUUGGAGGACAGCCUUCGUCGAACCUUCCCUGACGCAUGCAUCAGUUGCCGCAAAGGCGUGUCUAAGACGAUCCAGGAAGAGGGGGAGACCAAGAAAAGACGUCUUGUUUAG